AUGUCUUCUGCUACUAGUGAUGAGAACCACCAUGAAUCAAUAACCCCAUCUGCCUCGCAAGGACAGAAAAAUGAUCCUCUACACCGCAUCAGAACAGCUGGAAGUAUUUCAAUUCCGCCAGAACUAUUCGAGCAGUUGUACCUCUCCCCUCAGAAUCGGGUCAAAGGAGAACUACGACAGACAUUCGGAAAUCCCACUCCGCUCGGCAACACCCCACUGUCGAUGGUGAUGAUGGGGUGGCAGGGUGCAGGGGGUCUCGACGCUGCGAAUGUCGGGUCCAUGGUAUUCCUUGGUGGUCUCCUCUUGAUAUUGGGAGCUGUAGGUGAAUGGAUUCUAGGCAACACUUACCCUGCUACUGUGUUUGGUAUUUUUGGCGGAUUCUGGUUUUCCUUUGGUGCUACCCUAGAACCUAGCUUCAAUGCGUAUGGUGCAUACUCUCCAGAUCCUUCGGAUCCAGCCAAGGGAAUGAAUGCUAUCUUCUUUGCAACAUUUGGAUUUUUCCUUAUCGCAGUCUUAAUUAUCCUCAUAAUACUCGGUAUUGCAAGUAUCCGAACGAAUAUAUGCUUUUUUUCGCUAUUCGCUCUUUUUAUUCCAGCUGUUGGUUGUCUUACAGGAUCUUUCUUCAGCCUCGCUCAGGGCAACGCUGUCUCUGCUACUAGGCUUCAGCAUGUUGGUGCGGGCCUGCUAUUGGCUGCGAGCUUAAUCGGAUUUUACAUUUUUAUAGCAUUGGUUCUUGCGUCGGUUGAUUUUCCUAUUGUUAUCCCGCUUGGGGACUUAUCCACGGUAAUCAAAGGGGCAAAAGACAAGAUUGAAGCAAGAAACAAUCCUGGUACGGCUUGA